UCUGUCGAUUUACCGCUUUCCUGCAGCCAAUUAGGCCUUUCCUUGUGUGUCGGUGGUCGUUGCCCUAUAUUGAUGUAGUGCCGUCAAUAUUGGAUAGCCCGUGAAGUAGCCCUCAGGCGUCUAAAUGAGCCGUGGGUAGUCACCAAAGUGAAGCGAUAUCUUUCACUGCAUUGAUUUGCGUGCUCACAGAAGAACAAAUAAAGUAGAUGACCACUGUGAAAAACAUGAUAAAAUGUAAAUCGACGAAGAUGCCAUGUAUGCCUCUUAGAAUUUUACUCAUAGUCACCAACUGGUGCCUUAGCGGUCGCUCCCUAAUAUUUAUUCAGAAAAUAGAUGGGACAUUGAAGAAAUUGGGAACAACAAUGGAUGCUGCCUAAGCGAUGCCAUGAGUGUGCCCGCCUGCUGCCGCUACCUGUCGCCGCAAAAAUGAAAAGACCAGGAAGGUGACACAAUGACAUCUGCUAUCCUUGGAAGAUAGCUUGAGGGCUUAUUCUUGACUGGGAGGUGCUGUCUCGCUCGUCAGAAGGAGGCAAUCCUUAGGCAAGGAAAAUGAAUAAUCGAGAAAUGCUUGCAAAAGCGGUCCUCAACAAUGUGUCCUCAAGACAAGUUCCAAGUCGCCCUGAGCAUCGCCUGCCACCUUCUGGCACUUCAUUUUCAAGCACACCUGUUCCAACUCAGUUGACUCGGAAUAGUCACGUGACUGUCACGUUAGAUGGCACAUCAAGCGCACGAAACUUGUUGCAACAACAUACUCGACCAUACUUUGACUCACUUCUUCGACGUCAGCUGAACAAAUCUGCCAUGGGCCCAGCAGCAGCAGUAGGAACACCAUCAGCAGCAUCCAGCAAGGGCCAGCCAUUAGCCCCUGAGAGGAGCCUACUUGCCCAGCACUUAGCUCAGAGAAAUAGUGAGCCAAAUGGUGUGGAGCUAACCCCCACUGAAAGAGUGCGCGUAUUGAAAACAUCGGGUGGGACAGUAACGGUGCGUUCGCUCAGCCCUGUGGCUGUGCCCAUCAGGGUACAUGCAGAACAAGCCAGAGCACCUUAUAGCACAGUGCAGACUGAACCACCUAGGGCACCUCCCCGUAGCAUAGAGCAUGGUGUUGCCAGUGUCCCCUUGCAGAGGAGAGCACCACCAUCAUCGCCCAUCGUAAGUGCACCUGUUGCGGUACCACGCAGAAUAUUGCCCAAGCCCGUGCAUAGCCUGGCCUUCAUGGCCAAUGGGAGCCGUACACAUCAGAAUUCAUCCGUGGUCUCUGUUCAGGAUGCAACCUCGAGAGUGAGGUAUGUGGAUGCGCCUGUUCAUGCCAGUCCAAACGAUGUGAUCACUGGUCUGAAGAAUAUGGCGGUAGUUCACCCUCAGGUACGACCUGCCAUGUCUGUUAAGCCCAUCGCUGCUGAUGAAUUAGCCAAAGAUGUGCAGCUGUCAAAGACAACCCUUCAAAAUAUGGCCGCUAGCGUGGCACAGAAAAUGACACAGUCAAGCACCACAGAAGUCGCUUCUGCUGCUGAGCACAGGGCCCUUUUAGAGCCAAACCUUGUCGUGCCAGUGUCAAUCCAGCGAAGUGUUCCUGAACCUGUACAGCAUGUAGGAGAAGAUGAAGGCAGGAAGUCGAAAAUGAUCAUUGUGGACCUCACAGAACCCACAGAAACUUCUCCAGCCGCUAAGCAGGAUUCAUCUGCCAUGAGCGCACGAGCUGAGAUGAGGUUGUCAACGCCUCCUACUGCGACAGAUGAACCGCUUCAGUUGGAAGCGGGUUGCCUCCAAGUGCCAUCGGGCCUCAAAGUGGACUUUAUCAACUUAGACGACUUGUUAAUAGGCGACCUAAGCUAUCUAGCCAAGUACUUUGGCCUGAGCAUACUGGAGCCCCUGUCUAUGGAUGAUAUUGCCAACAAGGGACUGUCAGAGUGGAUAGAUAUCGCGGAUGAAGCCGAGGUGGAAAGGACAUUUGUAGAGUUGAAGGCCCUGAAUGGGAGCCCUGGUCAGCAUCUUUGCUGGGCUAAUCAAAUGACACCAGAAAGUUCAGACGUUGCGUAUCCCAUUAUAGUUCCUGAAUAUGAAGAGCUUACCACUAGCCUCCCAGCUGAUGUCACAAAAUCUGCAUCAACAACAGUGGAAACAGCUGAUGGAAAGGCUUCCCCUGCAGGAGCUAGCCGCAGUCCAAGGGGCACCAAGGAAGGCACAGCCAAGAGCCCUCUCAUCUUGAUAAUCAAGAAGGGAGCCAACAGCAGUGCUUCAAGUCCAGCAUGGCAACUGUCUCCAUGCAAGAGUAGCACUGCAAAGGAGGAAAAAGAGGAGUCCAAGACGCUUUUCUGCAAUGCACUGAAUCUACUGCCAAGUUCGGGGGAACAGCUGAAGAAGAUGCGCAAGGGCAAGUCGGCCCGUGCACUGGCUGUGCUCAAAGACAAAGUGAUGUCGGAGUACCUCAAGAAUCACUUUGUGCCACUGAACCGUGUGCAGGGCAUGUACCGGUAUUUGUUCAAGAAGGGCCACUUACGGGAGGGCAAGCUGACGUAUGCCUGUGAGGUUUAUCGGAACCUGCGAAGCCGAGAGAACCGGCCAAGGGCGUCUCUGGUCAUGUCACGGUAUGACGAUGAGGACUUCAUUCCCAAAAAGAAUCAACCAUCAUCUCCGGGCCUUCUUUGGCACUUGAAGAAGAAGAAGAAAGUUACUUCGAAAUAUGAAAUGGACGAUGAUUACAUCCCAAGGAAAGGUCAAGUCAAUGGCCAGAAACUUCGGCGCAGCCUGUGGGGCCGGCCAAAAGGUUCCUGGAGGACGGCAGCAGCUAACAGCGAUGCUAGCAGCAACAGCAGCAGCCCAUCUGUUGAAAUAGCUGCAGCCAGUCUAGCAGAACUCGAAAGUUGCUGCAUGACGCCACUGUACAAGCUGGAAGCAGGCAACUGGACUCCCAAGUGUUCCGCAGACGACUCUAGUCGAUGGGACAUCUGGGUCUCUGAGAACUCUCUCGAGAGCAAGAUGUCGCGUCCCAUUCCAAUGGUGGUCCUGACCAGGAUUGAAGACUGUGAUGCAGAUGCUUCAGGGACUUCCAAGGUUGAGUCGCCACAGCACACAGUGGUGUCCGAGUUGUUCUGCAGCCAGUGUUCCUACAGCUGUCUCAACAAACCUUCCUUGGUGAACCACUUCUCUUCGAAGCACAAGGAAACAGACAUCUCCUUUAGGACUGUGGUCAUGAAGUGCCGCAUAAACAAGACUGCCCCUGCUGCUAAAGGUCCAUCUACAUGACUGCCGGAAAGGAAAAAGGCAAAAUCUUGCGUCACUUGCCACCACGCAGCGAAUGAGCCAUGGCAUGAUUGUUGCUGACACGGCUUUCCCUGGUGCUCGUGGAACAGGCAUCCGAGCUGCCUGUUGUGUUCCACUACACUGCCAGUUAAUUAUUUAUGACAAAGUGACUGUCAGUCUGUGGGAUGUGUGUGUCUGCUGCGAGAGAAGCACUGUAGUAUAUACGUGUUGCUGUUGUUU